AUGGCACAGGAGAUAUUAGCGAUUUGCCCACCUUGCUUCCCCCGCCCGUCGCCCUCGCUCUUCCCGCGCACCGCCUCCUCCCCGCCCGUCGCCUCGCCUCCUCCCUGCCCGUCGCCUUUGCUUCCUCCGCCCGCCCUCGCUUCUCCUCUCCUGUUGCCCUCGCUUCCCAUACCCGCCGCCCUCGCUUCCCCGCCCGUCGCGUACCGCCUCUUCCCUGCCUACCACCCUCGCUUCGCGGGUCGCCAUCGCCGCCUGCCCCUCCCGUCGACCUCGCUUUCCCCCUCCCGUCGACCUCGCUUUCCCCCUCCCGUCGACCUCGCUUUCCCCCUCCUGUCGGCCUCGCUUUCCCCCUCCCGUCGCCCUCGCUUUCCCCCUCCCGUCGCCCUCGUUUUCCCUCCCCAUCGCUCGCCGAGUCGACCUCUCCUCUCCCACCUUUCGUGGUGUUCCCCCCUGUUCACUCCCUUUCCCCAUGCCCACCCUCAUCCCCUUGCUCACUCCGCGCUCGCCUGCGGGCCUCAUCACGACGUCCGCCCGCCCUCUCACACUCGCCACGCCUCCCCACGCACCCUUCCUCAUAAGCCCCUGCUUUCCAUUCCCACUCUCAACUCUCGUCGCCCCUUUUCCCCUCGAACAACUUCCCUGCAAUUUCCUCCCCUUCUAACCCAAUCCUCCUCCGCCACUCCUUGCCUCUCUCACACUCCUCGCCUCUCUCACACUCCUCGCCUCUCUCACACUCCUCGCCUCUCUCACACUCCCCGCCUCUCUCACACUCCCCGCCUCUCUCACACUCCUCGCCUCUCUCACACUCCCCGCCUCUCUCACACUGCUCGCCUCUCUCACACUCCUCGCCUCUCUCACACCCUCGACGUGCGCAAGGCGCAUGCCAUCAGCGCACGCCAGGCAGCGGCCAGCAUGGUGGCGCUGUUCGGCAAGUGCAGCACGGACUAA